GGGGAGCUGGUGCAGCCGGGCAGGGAGCUGCUGCUGAGGGGCAAGCUGCUGCUGGUUCGCGAGUUGGUGCGGGCACUGGACCGACUGGGGUUGGGGCUGAGUGCGCCCGGGAGGCCGGGACUCAUAGCGCUGCUGCUCAACAGGUACCUCUUCCCCGAGGCCGGCCCCCUGUGGCAGCCCGACCCGCCCCCCGCCGCCGCAGAGGCCGCCCUCGCCCAGGCUGCGGGCGACCCGGGUGCCCGGCGGGAGGCGCUGGCGCUGCUGCAGCUGCUCAUGACGCGCUGCCCAGCCAACCUGGAGCAGGGCUUCAGGGAGCUGAGGCGGCUGCACUUCGACAACGGACUGCGGGUGGUGGACAGGAAGUUCGACAUCAGCGGCGAGGGUGUGCGCUGCGGCCCCCGCGGCGGCUACGUGGGGCUGCGCAACGGCGGCGCCACCUGCUACAUGAACAGCGUGCUGCAGCAGCUCUUCAUGCAGCCGCGCAUCCGGGGGGCGGUGCUGGCGGCGGCGGGGGUGGCGCCGGGGGAGCAGCAGGACAGCGUCUUCCACCAGCUGCAGGUAAUGUUUGCACACCUGCGGCUGGGUGGCGCCGCCUGCUUCCACCCGCGCGGCUUCUGGCAGUCCUUCAAGGACUACGACGGACAGCCCAUCGACGUGCGCGAGCACCAGGACGCCUACGAGUUCUUCACACGGCUGCAGGACGCGGUGGACUCCCACCUGCGCUCCACCGGCCAGCCGCCCGCCAUGCAGGCCGUCAUGGGCGGCAAGUUCGCGGCGCAGGUGAUCUGCCGCGACGUGCCGUACCGCAGCGAGCGCGAGGAGGAGUUCUACCAGAUCAGCGUGGAGGUGGCGGGCUGCGGCAGCCUGGAGCGGAGCCUGUCGGGCUAUGUGGCGGGGGAGCUGCUGGAGGGCGAGAACAGCUACCUGUGUGAGGAGCUGGGGGCGCGGGUGGCGGCGGUGCGGCGGACGGUGAUCAAGCAGCUGCCGCACACGCUGGUGGUGCACCUCAAGAGGUUCGAGUACGACCAUAUCAACAUGACACGGUACAAGCUGCGGGACCGCUUCGAGUUCCCCGUGCUGCUGGACAUGUUCAAGUACACGGCGGAGGGAGUGGCGGCGCAGGAGGCGGCAGCGGGGGCAGCGGGGACAUCCACAACAGGUGCAGGGACAGCAGCAGGAGGGGAGGACAGCCACGCAGCCGCAGCGGGCAGCAGCGAAGAGGGCGGGCGGCCUCGGAGCAGCUACCUGUACGAGCUCAAGGGCAUUGUCGUACACAGCGGUACGGCGUUCGCCGGGCACUACUACUCCUUCAUCAAGGAGCGGCCGCGGAUGGGGGAGGACGGACAGGUUUCCGAGGGCGGCUGGUACCGCUUCGAUGACAAGCUGGUUACCCCCUGGAGCAUCAACGACCUGGAGGCGGACUGCUUCGGAGGGCGGGCCAGCAGCUCCGCGGGGGGCGGCGCAGGGGCAGCGGGGGGAGGCAGGGCGGGGGAGCUGGAGCGGCCAUACAGCGCCUACAUGCUGUUCUACGAGCGCAGGGAGGAACCUUCGUACGACGGACCCGCGGCGGACAAGCGUGCCGUACCGCGUGACAUGGCGGCAGCGGCGGCGGAGGGGGAGUCAGGGGGGAGGAGCGAGGGGGCGGGGAUGGAGGGGGCCGCAGCAGCAGUGCCUGCGGGGACGGCGGGAGGUGCGGAGGACAUGGAGACGGACGGUCCGGGGGCGGCGUUGCAGCCGCCGCAGCAGCCACAGCCGCCGCUGCCCACCACUCCGUACGGCAUGCCGCUGCCGCUGUACCGCGGUGUGCUGCGUGAGAACCUGCGGCUGCAGCACAAGCUGCAUGUACUCAACAAGGAGUACUUUGGGUUCGUGCGGCAGGUGGUGGAGGUGAGCUGGGAGGCGGUGCUGGCGGGGCGCAAGACGCGGCGGCGCGACCUGCUGCAGGGAGGGGGUGGAGGAGGGGGCAGCAGCGGAGCGGCCGCGCACAGCGGACCCGCGCCCACGCCCAUGUCCCCCGGCGCCACCGCCACCGCUACCAACACCACCACUGCUACCUCUAGCGGCGCGGAGGCCUCCUCCGCUCCCUCCCAGCGCAACGAGGAGCUGGACGAGACCGUGCUGCUGUCCUCGCAGCUGGCCGCCGCCUUCCUGCUGCACCUCUACCUGCCCGCCCCCGCCGGCCUGCGGGGCGACAUGGAGCAGUGGGGCGAGCUGGUGCGGGAGAUGCUGCGCACCUCCCCGCGCGCCUGCCUGGAGCUGCUGCGGCAGGUGACGGCCAGCCAGGCGGUGCAGGAGUCGUACUUUGUGCGCUGGGCCAAGGAGGGCGAGUGGCUGGCGGAAGUGCUGUCGUACGCAUUACAAGUCGCGAGUCGCGCCGCGAGUCCGCUGCAGGGCUCCAUCACUGCGACGCCGAACAGCGGCGGCGCGGCGUUGGCACAUGCUGCUACUGCUGGGGUUGGUGGUGGUGGGGUUGGGGGUGAGGACGGCGGUGGUGCGGCGGCGGCGGUAGCCCAGCAGUUGCAGAGCGUCGCCCUCAACCUGGCUCGAGCGCUGUGUGAGCUUGCCUUCGCGCCGCUGCACGACGAGCGACUGGUUCCGCCGCAGUACGUGCCGCUGUGCCGUACACUGGCCGCGCUGGUGGGUGCUGACGUGGCGGUGGCGGGGCUGGUGCUGCGGGGGCACCUGCGGGACGCCUUCUCGCUGCCUGGGUACCUGCUGCGCGAGGCGGGCGAGGCGGCGGAGGAGGAGGUGCAGGCGGGGCUGGAGGCGGCGCUGGGGCUGCUGCACGCGAUGCUGCGGUACUGCAGCACGUCCGCGCAGAUGCAGGUGCAGGUGCCGGGGGGCGGACCGGGGGGGCUGGUGCUGGAGGCAUUGCGGCUGGAUACCAUAGGAGCGGGCGGAGGUGGAGGUGCAGCAGGAGGAGGAGGUGGAGGAGCAGCAGCAGGGGGCCGCAGCAGCGGCGGCGCGGCCCCCCCUCGAGUGCUGCUGGAUCUCUCCCGGCACCUGGAGGAGCUGGUGGCAGCUGACGGCGGCAGCGUCUUCUUCGCGGCGCUGUGGCACAGCGGGCUGCUGGGCGCACCUCGGGUGCGGGAGCUGCUGCGCUUCCUGACCGCCGGCAGCAGCGCCAACACCGUGGCGCUGCUGGACGCCAUCUUUGCGCGCCUGAGUCCGCAGCAGGCCGGCAGCCCCGCCGUACUGGAGCUGCUGGAGGGGCUGCCGGCGGUGGUGGACCUGCACGACAGCCUGCGGGUGGCGCGGCUGCAUGCGCUGCUGUUCGGGGGGCCGCAGCUGCGAUCCA